UCAGACAAUUCAUCAAAGCCUCAAAUCGAAACAAGCAAACAUGAAAAGCGAAGGUCGUCAUCACCAAAGCGUAGUCUCAAGGACGGGAACGAUUCAUCCGCAUGGCUUUAACCCGCGACCAACAAACCGGUUCAAUUCACCACCAGAUCAACCUACCAAAUCCAAAGUGCCAUCAGAAGUUACCAACCAUCAUUCAAAUAUCAGUGAGCGGUCCAAGUACAGUAAUUGCCACGUGUCGCCGGCUAUGAAGUCUGGCCACAAAUCUAAAGGUCGCCGUAAGCUACAACCGAACAAUUGGUGGAGUGAGGAUAAUAAGCUAGACCGCCUCAUCGGUUCGGAUUCUUCGUCCGCUAGAGAUGUUUUGGAUACAUUAUAUGAUGUUGAAGAUCAUGAUGAGCAUUAUUAGUUAUAUAUCAUUGUGGCUAGCUAAUCAUCUCGUUUGAGAUGUAAUGAAGAUUAUCGUUGUUUUUUUUUUCUUUUUUUUUUUAAACAAUGAUAACAGUUAUGGGAAGAAAUGUAACACUUUUGUAUCAAUGCAAAUUUGAGUUGGAAUGAUUUAAAGAUUAUUUUGCA